AUGGAUCGUGCAGUAGCUGAAAUUGAGAAGAAGGUUAUGGAAGCUUUUGAAGUGUUUGACCAUGAAUGCAAUAAAACUGUGGAUGUCAGAGAGAUUGGUUCAAUUGUCAGGUCACUGGGUUGCUACCCGACUGAGGCACAGCUACAUGAACUGAUUGCAGAGGUAGAAGAAGAAGAACCAACUGGAUAUAUUCAUUUGCAAAAAUUUCUUCCAGUGAUGACAAGAGUACUAGUUGAAAAAAGCUACCAGCCUACUCCAGAAGAUGUUCUUCUACAUGCAUUUGAGGCUUUAGAUGUGAAUAAAUGUGGAUAUCUUACCAAAGAGGAGCUGGUAAAAUAUAUGACUGAAGAAGGUGAGCCCUUUACUCAGGAAGAAAUGGAGGACAUGCUCUCUGCUGCUCUAGAUCCAGAAACAAAUACUAUGCGCUACAAAGACUACAUUACAUUGAUGAUAGUAGAUGAUGCUUAA